UGUAGUAAACAAAUGCAACCUUUGCCGGUACUUCUGAAUAAGAAUUUAACAUGUGCUUCUUAGAUCUCGUGAUACGUCUUGUCGUUUAUCCUCUCUCUCUCUUAUACUUGCUCACACAUCUUCAAACUCCGUUGCUGCUGACAAACAUGGCCGCUGCCAUCGGAAGCAUGUUGGACACGAAUGGGCUCAUGGUCCAAGUCAUCACCGGACGGUGGUUCGUGGUGUUCGCCUCCUUUCUAAUCAUGGCCGCCGCCGGCGCCACCUACAUGUUCAGCCUCUACUCCGGCGACAUAAAAUCCGCCCUCGCCUACGACCAAACCACCUUAAACCUCCUUAGUUUCUUCAAAGACUUGGGCGGCAAUGUCGGCGUCCUCUCCGGCCUCAUCAACGAGAUCACUCCCCCUUGGGUGGUCCUCGCCAUCGGUUCCAUCCUCAACUUCUUCGGCUACUUCAUGAUAUGGCUCGCGGUCACCAAAAAAAUACCCAAACCGCACGUGUGGCACAUGUGCCUCUACAUCUGCUUAGGCGCCAACUCUCAGUCCUUCGCCAACACCGGUUCCCUUGUCACGUGCGUCAAGAACUUCCCAGAAAGCCGUGGGGUUGUUCUUGGCAUUCUCAAAGGCUACGUGGGUCUCAGUGGAGCCAUCAUAACACAACUCUACUUCGCUUUUUACUACGAUGAUUCAAGGUCCUUGAUUUUGCUUAUAGGGUGGCUCCCAGCUGCUAUUUCCUUCCUUUUCCUACGAACCAUUCGCUACAUGAAACCCCUUCGACAACAACCCAAUGAGCUAAGUGUUUUCUACAAGUUUUUGUAUAUCUCACUUGGCCUUGCUGGGUUUCUUUUGGUCAUGAUCAUAGUUCAGAAGCAAGUGCAUUUCUCACAGAGUGAGUAUGGAGUCAGUGCUGGGGUUGUUCUUUUUUUACUAUUCCUCCCUCUUGCUGUUGUGUUUGUUGAACAAUAUAAAAUCAGAGAGAGUCAAAAGCUAGCAUUCAUUAACCCCUCCGCAGUCAAGAUAGUAGCUACUGAAGGAGAGUCUAACACUCCAAUUUCAAGAAAGAUUGAUGAAGAAAUAAUAACUAGUACUAGAUGGUGGCAAAAAGUGUUUAGUCCACCGCCUAGAGGUGAGGACUAUACUAUACUUCAAGCACUAUUCAGCUUAGACAUGAUACUGCUAUUCUUCGCUGGCACAUGUGGUGUUGGUGGAACCUUGACCGCAAUUGAUAACCUUGGUCAGAUUGGAACAUCGCUAGGGUACCCAAAGGCUAGCAUAAGCACGUUUGUGUCGUUAGUGAGCAUUUGGAAUUAUAUGGGAAGGGUUUUUUCUGGGUUUGUUUCAGAACACUUUCUAAAAAAGUACAAGUUCCCUCGACCACUCAUGCUCACGCUAACCCUCCUCUUAUCCUGUGUCGGUCACCUUUUGAUAGCCUUCGAUGUGGCCAACGGACUCUACGUGGCCUCGGUGAUCAUUGGCUUCUGCUUUGGCGCGCAAUGGCCCCUGGUCUUCGCCAUAAUCUCGGAGCUCUUUGGACUCAAGUACUAUUCAACGUUGUACAACUUUGGCGGUGCAGCGAGCCCAAUUGGGCUUUAUGUGCUUAACGUCAGGGUAACGGGGUACUUGUAUGACAAAGAAGCUCUGAAGCAAUUGGCAGCCACGGGGAUCUCUAGAAAGAUUGACACCGAAUUGACUUGUGUUGGGUCCAGUUGCUUCAAAUUGUCCUUCAUUAUUAUCACUGCAGCCACCUUUUUUGGCGCCUUAAUUUCACUGAUUUUGGUGGCUAGGACAAUUAAGUUCUACAAAGGGGAUAUAUACAAGAGGUACCGGGAGCAAGCCGAGGAAGAAGCCACCGCUGUCACUGAGAUGGCUGUGGUCCAAAAUCGCGCCGAGAAAUUAGAAGAAACCAAAGUUAUUGGAGCGUAAUUGGUAUAGGGUAUAGAUAGUCAUCAAUUCCUCCUCAGCCACUCCCACAUCGACUGGAAACCAAAUCAAAGUUGUUGUUCAUGAUAUAUGUAGAAAAAUAAAAUAGAAAAUAUAGUUGGGACCACUUGUUUUA